AUGGCGCAUGCGACAGUGUUCCUCUACAUUAUUGUUGCUACCCCUUGGUUGUUGCUACGUUUUCUUUUCGAUGUCAGUCUUUAUACGCUGCCAAGGCAACGCCCGGACAGGGAAUGGUCGUUUAAUCAGGCUGUUCGCGUGCGUGCCGUUCGGCUCGUUCUGCUAUACUGGUCACUCCUGCGCUCUGGAGACCGUUUAAGGCUCACACCCGGCCGUGAAGGGAAGAGAUUCACGACCGUCCGGCCCCAGUCAUUGAAACUGUACCAAGGUCCUCUGUACGAUAUCGUCAUUCGUCCCGAGAAGCUCGGCGUGACUUGGACACCAUCACCGCCGUCGCCAGCUGAGCUAGCGAGCCAAAGCACUACAUUAGCACUGCACUUCCAUGGUGGCGGCUUCGUGAUCGGUGAUGGGCGAGACCACGAUACUGGAUAUCUAGCGCGUACUCUCGUACAGCAUAUGGGCUGCACUCAUGUCUGUACACCACAGUACAGGCUCUCUAGCCACAGCGGCGGACAAUUUCCGGCGCCACUACAGGAUGCAGUCACAGCAUACUUGCACUUGUUGAGAGAGAUGCGAAUUUCACCACGUCAGGUAAUCUUGUCUGGCGAUUCAGCGGGAGGCAAUUUGGUGCUCGGACUGCUCAGAUAUAUCAAGGACCAUGGGCAGGAACUCAACAUUCCACCGCCCGGUGCGGUUGCUCUAUGGUCUCCCUGGGUAGACGUUAGCGCAGCAUUGCAUCAGGAUAUGAAACUGUCGCCUAACUAUCCCACGGAUUGCCUCAACCCCGAGUUUGGUCGCUGGGGGGCGGAGACCAUCGCAGCUUCCGGGAUAAUUGAUCCAUCGGGUCCAUAUCUAUCACCACUGCGGCAUCCUUUCAACCUUGAUACGAACAUCCCUAUGUUCGUAAAUGCAGGAGAGCGAGAGGUUCUGUGUGAUGAUAUCGAAGAGUUCUCUAAACGGUUCAUAAGCCAUGGUUGGCCUCUGCAUUUGCUCGUUUCUAAAGGGUGCCCGCAUGAUAUUCUUCUGCUUGGACCAAAGAUGGGGUUCGUCAGGGAGGCGGAGGAGGCCGCCGCAGAUGCCAAUGCAUUCUUGAGGAGUGCAGCAAUGUUGCACCUACCAACCCCUCGUUAA